AUGCUGCUGCAGCAGGCCACGUCGUCGCCAGGUCCGAGUGGCACGGCCAGCCCGAAGCUCAUUCCCAGCCCGAAGCCCAACGCCGGCUUCUCUAGGUUCGCCGGCAGCCCGAUCCUGAGCGAUGGCGCCUCUACCUCCAGCAGUCCGAAGUUCGGCACGAGCCCCAAGCUGGGCGCCAGUCCCAAAUAUGGGAGUCCUCGCUUAGGCAAUGGCAGUCCUAAGCUCGGGAGGACAGCAGAAGACGAAGCCGCCUUGGAGCGCCUGCAAGCCGAGCUGAAAGAGGGAUGGACGGUGCACACUGGGCGUGAUGGCAGACUUUAUUAUUGCAAG